UUCAAGUUGUCAUUGACUCAUCCGUGAAAUCACCAAAAACAAAGAAACCAAAAUAGUGAAACCAAAUCAACAAAAUGUAAAUAAGAAACAAACUAAAUGGACUUAACACAUCGAACAAUUAACAUCAAAUUCCAAUUAAACAUAAUCAUCACACUGCUGGUGGCAUGUACCUAUUCCGAAUCAGCUCAGUUAUCCAAAGAUCGCAUCGAUACAGCCACAUACAAUCCUCAGGGUCCUCUCGUCAAAUGUUCGUUUCUGCCAAUCGAUUUUCUCGAUUGUAAGGAACCCAUCGACCACAAAGGCAACAAAACCGCACGGGAUGAGGUCGGCCAUGGAUGCUUAAAGUUUGGCGGCGUUUAUUACGACGAUGUGGAGAAAACAAAGGUGCAGUGUAGUGUACUAGGCGACAUUGAAUGCCACGGUCCGAGAACGUUUCUGAAAGAUGGAUUUCCCUGUGUCAAAUACACUGAACACUAUUUCGUGACGACAUUGCUGUACAGCAUACUGCUAGGCUUCCUAGGAAUGGACAGAUUUUGUUUGGGACAAACAGGCACGGCCGUGGGUAAACUGCUGACGCUUGGUGGUGUUGGCAUUUGGUGGAUUAUUGAUAUUGUGUUGUUGAUUACAAAUAAUUUGUUGCCAGAAGAUGGAAGUAAUUGGAAUAGAAAUGUCUGACCUGGACAACAAGUGAAACAAAAAA